CAUGAAUGUAUAGUACACGUGGACAGAUGUGAUGUUUAAACACCACAAACAACCUUUAUCGUCUCCUUCUCUGUUAUGAAACUGCUGAUUAUAUCUUUGCACAUUUCUUGACUACACUUCAUACACAGGAAGAACUUGGCCGUAAUCAUUUGCUUUUCUAUAUGAAGCAUGUGCUUCUACUCCACCAGAGGAGCUUUUACACUCAUGAGCAGCUGCUGCUUGCUGAAACUUUGCGGAUUUAUCUUCUCCAGUCAGAAAAAAACAGCAGAAUGGCCAACACAUCAAACAUGGAGGAAGAGAUUUACUAUGAGAACUACAGCUAUCCAGGACCUGGGGCCUCUCCAUGUGACAGUUACCUGGGUGCAGUAAACAGCAUUGGGGUUGUGAUUGGCUACGUUGUUGUCUUCUUCCUUGGUAUCAUGGGGAAUAGUGUGGUGAUGUUUGUUGUGUGCACCAUGAAGAAGCACAGAACAUCUACUGACGUCUACCUGAUGAACCUGGCAAUUGCCGACCUGCUGUUCUCGCUCACGCUGCCCUUCUGGGCCAUCUACAUCAACGAAUCGAAUUGGGUUUUCGGGACUUUUCUGUGCAAGUUGAUCUCGGGUGUUCAGGAGGCGACGUUUUAUGGCUGUGUCUUCCUGUUAGCGUGCAUUAGCAUCGACCGCUACAUGGCCAUCGUCAAAGCCACUCAGUUCCUCUCAAAGCAGCGCCAUGUAGUGAGGUUAGUGUGUAUUUUGGUAUGGCUAGGGGCUAUUGCACUGUCUAUUCCAAUCAUUGUUCAGCGAGAAGCACUGGAAAUAAAUGGCAAUAACAUGCAUUGCUACGAGAACGUUACAGCGGAGAAGAUGGACGAUUGGCGUGUAGGAUUGCGAGUCCUCCGUCAUGUCCUUGGCUUUUUCUUUCCACUUACAGUCAUGGCAGUCUGCUAUGGCUGCACAGUUGGAACCCUCUUUCACUCACGUAAUAGCCAAAAACACAAAGCAAUGAGAGUGAUCUUGAGUGUGGUGCUGGCUUUUGUCAUCUGCUGGCUGCCUAAUAAUGUAGCUGCGCUCGUGGACACGCUGCUACGAGGUGGGUUUAUCACCGACACAUGCAAGACUCGAGAUAAUCUGGAGGUCACCUUGUAUGUCACUGAGGCUUUGGCCUUUAUGCACUGUGCCAUCAAUCCCAUCCUCUACGCCUUUGUGGGCAAGAAGUUCAGGAACCAUCUGCUGACUUUGCUCUCGAAAAAGGGACUAGUGACCAGGGAAGUGUUCAUUCGCUACCGAGCUGGCUCAGUCUACAGCUCAGGAAGCACCAGACACACUUCUGUCACACUGUAGAGCUUCCAUGAGUUGUACUAAAAGUAGAUUUCCAACAUGAAACAAUAUGUGCUCGCCAAUAUGGGCAUCUUGGAGUCCCUAUAUGGUAAUAAGAGUAACUCUGUGUGGGUCUUAAAGGCCAUAAAUGGAAGUAGGUGUGUCUUUGAGUCCAUAAGUAGUUCAAGUUUGCCAUUCAUGUGCUCGUAUUUAACAUUUUAACACAAGCUUCAUAAUCUAGUGCUAAUGGUACUUAGCUAGCUAUCAUGAUCAAACCGGACAGGAUUUCUGCAAGGACUUUUCAGUCAUGUUCAUAACUGUAUCUAAUCUUUAAAAAGUCCUUAUAAAUGUUCUCAAUCUUUACAGCUAACAGUAGUUAGCUAGCUAUCCUGCUCACACCUGACAGGAUUUCAAAGAGAAUUUUUAAAGUCAUAUUCAUAAAUGUUCAUAGUCCACAUUCUAAUGGUAAUGAGAUAGCUCAAAAAAUCUUUAAAUUCAUUUUUUUAAAUUUUAUAAAUGUCAUCUUGAUAAAUGUUCAUCUACGUAGCUAACGGCAGCUAGCUAUAGCUAACGUGAUCCUGACAGGAUUUCUGUGAGGAUUUUUCAGUCGUAUUCAUGAAUGUUCAUAAUCUAUACAGCUAAUAGUAGUUAGUUAGCUAACACGAACAAACCUGACAGGAUUUCUGAGCAGAUUUUUCAGCCACAUUCAUAAUAUAACGUUCAUAAUUUCAAUCGUUCAGAACCUUUGCUGCUAACGCUACCCUGCGGACUAAACCAAGGCAAUUAGAUAUCUAAGCUAUCUUCCCUCACUGAGUGCAGCCAGAUCUUUCUGGCUCAGAUUCAUUUCUUGAUUUUGUAUGUCGUCUCUCUAAGUAUCUUGAUUGUUAUCUUGAUGAUUAUUUAGUUCCUUUCAGACUUAAUUGGUGAAUCCUAA